AUGUCCGAGUUCGCAGACAGAGCCGAGCUUAUAAAAUCAAAACUCCAAGAACGUGAAGAGUUCGUUCGUGAGUCUUGGGUAAAAGCCAUGGAAGCUCGACUUGUACGCGACGAGCUCGUGAAGUGUCACCGGCUUGAGGGUGUUAACCACCUAGAGAACUGCAGAUGGCUCUCAGAUAAAUAUAAUUCGAUGCUCAAAGAGAACAAGGUCAAGGGCUACAAAAAGAUUGAUGUCUAG